CCUCACUGUAGUUCAUGAUGGCUGAAAAGUUUACAAUUGAGAGCCCAGAUGUGACCUACACUAAGGAUUGCAUUGAGGCAAUAUAUUCCUACCAGACUACACAGGUCUAUGAAGAGAAUGGAUCGCUUAAGGUAAAAUAAAGCAAUUCGAUCCCGAACGUUAAGGUGACAGGAUCAUAAACCCGUGUCUGACUAUGUUAUGAUAGCAAUGGGUGAGAUUUUUUCUGCAAUAUUUCUAGUUUUUAAGCAUUAUUAGGGAGGCCUUCAAUGGAAGUGGUCUUUCAGAUGAAUAUACACUUGUUUUUGUUUUUUUUUUUUGGAGCAGUAUUAUUCAAUUACAUUCACCUUCUCCAUUCAAAGUGUGCAGUGUGGGUGAUGCUAGAGGGACAUGGGCAGGAGCUUAAUUUAUAAAGUUGAACUUUGUUCUUUGUGCAUGUGUAUCAAGUUAGCUGGGAUUGUUAUGGAUGGUUCUGCCACAACCCCACUGAACCCCAAAAUCCCCAAAGGUGUGCAAUGGUUAUGAUUAUUCACUCCCACAAUGUGGGUGAGAGUAAUGGAAUUUUUUUGUACCAUUAACAUGCCUUCGGUGUAAUGUUGUUUGGAUUUCCCUUCCUCUUCACUUUUUUUGUGAACAAUGCCCAUGGGUUUGUUGUACCUUCAAUGGUAUUGGCAAUAUUUUUCAACCAAAGUUGCAUUUGCAUUCUUGCUCAACUGAGCAGAUAGUGGAAGGAGCUUGCACAUAGUUGUUGUAUCAACUUUGUUGAACCUUCCUUUGAGUUAAACUGUCCCCAGGAGGAGCAAAAGCUAACUGAAUUUCAACCCAAGGUCAGUUAGCAAACUGCUUCUUCCCCUGGUGAUGCCUUAAGGUAAAUGAUGGUUCAAGAUUUGUUUUAUUUUUUGAUUUCUGUUUUUGUUGGGCUGUAACUAGGUGAAACCACACUCUACGAGAUUUAUCUUCCGCACAGAGACAAAGGUACCGAAACUUGGCGUAAUGCUGGUCGGAUGGGGUGGUAACAAUGGAACAACUGUUACUGCAGCAGUUCUGGCCAACAAAUUGGGAUUUUCUUGGAUGACCAAAACAGGAGAAAAGGUUGCUAAUUACUAUGGAUCCUUGUUUCAAGCCUCCACUGUGUGCCUCGGGACAGGUCCUGCUGGUGAUGUUUAUGUGCCCUUCAAGGAUCUACUGCCCACAGUCAGUCCAAAUGAUAUUGUGUUUGAUGGCUGGGAUAUCUCCUCCAUGAAUCUCUCUGACGCAAUGGUGCGAGCUCAGGUCCUUGAUUGGUCACUUCAGGAACAGCUAAAGCCUCAUAUGAAGAAGUUCCAUCCUCGGCCUUCUGUUUACAUUCCAGAAUUCAUUGCAGCUAAUCAGGAGGACCGAGUGGAUAAUGUAAUUAAAGGUUCCAAAAAGGAACAGGUUGAGCAAAUUAGAAAGGACAUCCGGGACUUCAAAGCAAAGAGUGGAGUUGAUAAAGUGAUUGUAUUGUGGACAGCAAAUACUGAGCGUUUUUGUGAUGUCCUACCUGGUAUAAAUGACACAGCAGAAAAUAUCUUGAAAACAAUUGAGUUUGGUAGGGAGAUAUCACCUUCAUCCAUGUUUGCUGUGGCUAGCAUUAUGGAAGGUUGUGCCUACAUCAAUGGAUCUCCACAGAACACUUUUGUGCCAGGCAUAGUUGACCUUGCUAUUAAACAUAAAGUGUUUAUUGGUGGUGAUGACUUCAAAUCUGGUCAGACGAAGAUGAAAUCUGUGCUAGUAGAUUUCCUAGUCAGCGCUGGUCUGAAGACAGUCUCAAUUGUCAGUUACAAUCAUCUGGGCAACAACGAUGGGAAGAAUCUGUCCGCACCAGAGCAGUUCCGAUCAAAGGAGAUCUCAAAGAGUAGUGUAGUGGAUGACAUGGUUCACUCUAAUCCCAUUUUAUACAAACCAUCUGAGAAACCAGAUCAUUGUGUUGUAAUUAAGUAUGUUCCAUAUGUUGGAGAUAGUAAGCGUGCGAUGGAUGAGUAUACAUCAGAAAUUAUGAUGGGUGGCACUAAUACCAUUGUCCUCCAUAACACUUGUGAGGAUUCCUUGCUGGCUAGUCCACUUAUUCUAGACCUUGUGAUCCUGACUGAGCUGUGCCAAAGGAUAACAUUCAAAACAGAAUUGGAUCUAGAAUUCCAAACAUUCCACAGUGUUCUCUCCAUCCUCAGCUACCUCUGCAAAGCUCCAUUGGUUCCAGAUGGAAGUCCUAUCGUUAACUCUCUUUUCAGACAAAGGGCUUGCAUUGAAAACAUUCUGAGGGCUUGUUUGGCCCUUCCUCCUCAGAACCAUAUGUUACUGGAACACAAGAUGCAAAGGAGCUUUAUGACUACCAGGAUGACUGACCAUUAUGUAGCUCAACCUAUACCUCACAUAAAUGAGAAACUCCAGAAUAUCCUCAAAAACAAUCAUAUUUUAAAUGGUCACACCAAUGGAUAUGUUAACUAAAUUUUCAAAGUUAUUACUCAGUGCAGAUAUUGGUGUAGCAAUAUAGUUGAAACUGUCAAGGUUAUUCUUUUGAAUUUUGAUCUCUAAGCUAUUCUGAAUAUGAGUAUUCUUGUUUAAUCUAUCAAACACUAUUGAAAGUUUGUUGCACUGCCCUUGUUUGUUACCUAUAACAUUGAUGCUAGCUAUCAACUGUUGCAAAGCUAGAUAUCAAACGGUCCAGAAUGGUUUAAGUACCUUUUUUGCUUUGGAAGUAUUGAUAACUUUGUUAGUAGUAAGUGGGAAGCCUACUGCCUAAAUUUUUGAGUUAUAAGCAGAUGCUGUAAGUUAAAAAUAAAACUUUUUUGAUCUUGGUGUCCA